AGCAUGCUCACCAGACAAAAGCUCAGGCUUUAUGAAAUGCGCCAAACAACUCUCUACGGAUACUGGUGAAUUCGUAUCAUCAACUUCAUCUGGAUCAGACUCAGUGUUGUUCCCUGCUAGAAACCCAUUGCCCAAACCAUCACUAACCGGGGUAUUAUCCAUACAUGCCUUCUUCAUCGGCACAGAAAGUGAUAGGUCCAGGAAAGGCUCACUCCCAACAGAAGUGUGCUCACAUUCAACACAACGUACAGUGCUCAAUAUUUCUCCCCCAAAUAUGUCACCAAUCACAGCAUGCGAGAUUUCAGAAGACAGCUCCUCCAGCAAACAACGCAGCAAUUCAUGACUGUUCAUGACUGUCCUGCUGCUGAGAUCCCCUAAACUGAGAAGCUUUUGCACAAACACAUCCAAAAAGUGACGAGGGUUUCUGAGACUCUACCAGCUGGAGUCUUUGAAGACUAUACCAAGGGUAUAAAGUUCUUGCAGUUCGUCUCCCGCUCGUUUCGUUUCUUCUCCCUCCAAAUUCGGAAUCAUCAAUCGAUUAACCGCCUCCCAUUCUACAACUUCGUAACUGCCGUAAAACCGCCGCACUUCUAGCUUAACUGCCGUCCCGUACUAUAUAAUUGAUAGGAGGUUGAAGUUUUUUCUUGCGAGAGGAAGUUGGUGAAUUGCGAAAUCUCAGGAUGGUCUUCAAAAAGGGUCACACCGGAUCAAAUAAGCAAUGGAAAUUUGCAAUGAAUGAAGUUUUUAAGGAUAAACCUCCCCAGGUACCCGGCACUAGUAACCGUAAGAAGUAUGUGGAACCGGAAAUUGAUGAAGAUGAUGAAGAGUACGAGGAAGAUCUCGUUGGAUCAGGGAUGAUAGUGAAGAUACACCAUAUGAAGAGGAGGGUGAGGAGUUAGAGGACGAAGAAGAAGACGACGACGAAGAGUAUGUAGAUGAGGAUGAGGAUGAGGGGGAAAAUGAUGUUGGUGUAAAGUGUAAGUUGAAAAAUCAGGGCAGGAAAACGGGUAAUGCUAAAGGAAGGCGUCCUGUUGUUGUAGAGGAGGAUGAUGAGUUUUAUGAUGAUCUUGAAGUUGAUGCUCGUGCUAAGUUGAAGAUGAAAGAGCGCAGUAGGAAGUAUGCUAAGAGCAGGCGUUUAGCUAAUGAUGUAGAGGAUGAAGGAAAUGAUGAUGAAGAGGAUGACGAGGAAGAUGGAGAAGCUGAUGUCCGUAGAGUGGGGAAGAAGCAUCCGAAGCAUGUAGGCCAAAAUGUUAGGCGGUAUCCAGAAGAUGAACAACAUGGGUUGAGGAAGAAACAUUUGAAGGUGAUUAGGAAGAGGCGUCAUGGGGAUACUGAUGACGAGGAAGAACAGGGGAAGCCUGUGAAGAAGAAGUUGUUGCUGAAGAAAAAGGUUGGUAAGAUUGUUGAUAAAGAGCGUAGAAAAGGAAAGUCUCCUCUUAAAGAUAAGGGAAUGACUAAGAGAGGCAAGAAUAUGAGAGUGUUUCUGCGGGUUCUAAUCCCCCAACAUCCAAUAUCUAGGGGUGAAUAUGCCAAGUGUUAUGAUGUUGUAGUUGCUACCCAAAGGGCUAAUUGCGAUCGCAAGCAACCGAGUGUUAUAUGCCGCACUGAUGCUUUCUCAAAGAUCAUUGCUGGAUUUGAUGACUCUAGAAGAGCCUGUGUGCAAAAAAUGGGGUUUGGAGGAUUGUUGGAGUUGAAAAUAUCCAAGCUUCCGAGGCAGCUUUGUUAUUGGCUGAUGACCAGAUUGGACGGAGUCAACAGUUAUCUGGUAGGUGGUGACGGGCAUGUGUUGCCGAUCACACCUGGCCAUUGGGAAGAUGUGUUUGGUUUGAGGAACAGCGGGCUUCCCGUCCCUGAAAAGGAUUCUGAUUUGCCGGCUGGAAAAGCUCUAGCGUAUGCAGUGAAGUAUGGUGAGAAAAACCCUGCAAACAACAAGACCACAGUACUGAUAUCCAACGCAACUCGCGUGUUGUUAGGUCCCUUGGACAAGCUCGGCAACUUAGUGUCGCUCGCAAAUCAACGUCAAAGGACUGAGUUCAUGGAGAACUUCAUGAUUGUGCUAAUGGGACAGAUUCUUUGUCCUUCUACUGAUGGUGCAAACAUGUCGACGAAACUGCUAGGUGCUGUAUGUGUUGCAAAGGACGCAGAUCAGUAUAACUGGUGUGAGUUUUGUCACAAAUGGCUGCUAGACUACGCGAUCACAUGCCAGCGGAAGCUAGAAGUUCAGGGUUAUGCGGCUGGGACUGGUGGUUGUGUUUUGUUUUUGUUGGUUUUUUAUCUAGAUCGUUUAUGUCGGCUUCCUGUCCGUUGGGACGAGUUCCCCAGACUAAAAGUCUGGACUGAGGAGGAAGUGGAGAAGGUGAAACUUCAUGAUAGGAAGCCUACUGAAGACUAUGGGAGGUUAUCGACGGUUGAUGUUGUUUACCGGGAGCCCCAUCCUCUAUUUGGAGAAAGAAGGCCAUUGGCAGAAGAGGUUGCUGAUCUGGUUUUUGUUCCAGUUGUCGAAAACGAACACUGGUGGUGUGUUGCUUUUGCACUCAAAGACCAGAAGAUAUGGUUCAUUGACAGCAUGUAUAAAAAUCCCGCUGCAGAGCAUUCUGCGGAAUUAAAGAAAUUGAUACCUGCCGUUGACUACGUCUUACUGGAGACUGACAAGGAGUUUAACGCAUCCCCGGCAUGGCAGACUAAGCAAAUGGGGAAAUGGCCCCUGGAUGUUGUUGGUUUUCCUGAUUAUAAUGACAAUCAUGCAUGCGGGGUUGUGAUGCUUAUGGCGAUCCGGGAGACUGCUAAUGCUUUCAAAAAGUCAAUGCAUGUGGGGGAGAUAGGCGCUGCCCGGAAGGCUCUGUUCUUGUCCCAUUUGAAUUCAGACUACAACUCUUGCCGUCCAUUGAUACCGGAGAUAAUUGCUACCCAUUGCCGUUGAUUUAUAAUAGUCUAGUGUCAUGAACUUAUGUUUAUUUUAGUUCGAGUGUUUAAUCAUCAACUUUGUUUAUCGGUUGCGUAUGAACUAUACCGUGCUUUUGUUGUUUGGUGACCAAUACUUCCCUUACACUAUGCAUUUUGGUUAAAGGGGAUGGAAUACUUUGUAGUUUUGGCACCAAUAUAUGUGUGUAAUAUUUUAACGACAUUGUUCUAUAUUGCAAUGUCGUCAAGUUCUACAAGUUGAUCCCUUUAAAUGUUGGUUUAGUCAAAUUUCUUAUGAUUUGUUACCCCCAACACU